AUGUCCCAUGCCGCCGCCGAACCCAGCCUCCUCCAGCUCAGCGCCCCCGUCCUCCCCAUGGCCACCCGGCGGACAGGCCAUCCCAAUAGACCCCAGGGCCGCUGGUGGCGGGCCCAUCAGGUCAAGAACGUCGCCGUCCCAGCCGGGGGAAAAGAAGGGUACAUGUCGGAAGAGGGGUUUGAUUCAGAUGCGACCGUGCGGCCUGGAGGUGGACCAGCUGCUCCUUUUGCAGCGCCCUCGUCGUCAGGUCUGGCCCGGACAGAGAGGGUCAUGAGCGUUUCUAUCGGACAAUUGGAAAGGGAAGGAAGGAAAGAAGGGAGAGCGAUCAGCAAAGGCUCAAUGAGCCAGCCUGAUUUGACAGCCCUUCGCGGGCGGGAGAGAGAAGGCAGGGAGAGAAUGGGAAGGAAAGAGGUCGAAGGCUGGGUGGGCGAAGUCGGCAGGGGACAACGGCAACAACCAUUACAAGAUCAACCGAAACAGGACGUGGACCAGGGUAAACGAAGACCAAGCUUGGGACGGACAAAAUCUGUGCCCGACGCACCCAAACCUAUCAUUGUCUCAUCGAGCCAAAUAGUCGAGCCAUGGCUUCCGGCAGCUCCCUCCAGGUCACCCCACUCCCGCUCACACGCGUCGUUGACCUCUAUGCGGAAGAGUCCAUCUCCACGUCCGACUCCCCUGGCAAUUCCCACCAUGUCGCCCAUCACCUCCAAGAAAAAUCUCGUAGAGCCGUCCCUCUCGCCGAGGUCUCUCAAGUUAGAGGCUCUCCCUGUGGUAGCCUCUGCGGAUAGAGAUAUCUCGAGUGAGGAGGGAGAUGGUGACUCAGAGUCUGACGGAAGCUUGUCUUUUGUGUCGAAAAGACGGGCCUUGCCAGGGGGCGAGCUGAGGCAGCGGCUGGGGCAGGAUGGCGGAGUGAGGUUUUUGAGAAGGAGUUCAUCGACUGGCAGUGAUGUCCUCGGGCUAUCAUUCGAUUCUCCUUCAUCGGCUCCGACAACCACGUCUACAGAGAGUAUCUCUCUACCCAGCAGCCGGUCAUUUUCACCUCUCAACUCGGCCUUGGGCUCAUCCGGCGCUCACGACGCCCCCGAUGCCACUCCAAAGAGCCAAUCGACCCCAAUGCCCCCGUCUUUUGACCAAUUUCUCCAACGCUCUUCCCUGUUCUAUCUACGUCUACUUGCCGUAUUUCCUGCCGCGUGGAGUAUAGGUGUGCUACUGCAGGCGUUUGUGACAGGCGGGCUUUAUGUGGAUGUCUGGCCUUAUGGGAUCGACCUGAGUAAGGAGGCGUUGGAGAGGCUGGUCAAUGGAGGUGACUUGAUGAUUGGGAAAUGGAUCGAUGUAAACAGGGGAGACAUAUUGCUUUGUAUUGCAUGGGCAUAUUGCACAGGCUACUUUUGUUUCUGCCUAACCACCGGUCUGACCCACCGAUGGUUAUCGUACUACUCUCUACCAUCGACAAUUACCCGCCUGACCUCCCUCCAAUGUCUGUGCUGGCCGAUGACCUACCUCACUCUAUGGGUCCUUGGAGCGAGAAACUCUAGGCCGCUUUUGGCUUGGGUCGUCAUCGGCGUGACUACCGGAUGGUCCCGGACGGUGCAGAUGUGGGUCACGUCCAACGUCGUUCCCUCCGACCUGUCGCCGCUCGCUUCCACCACCGCAUUGGGUUUGGGCAUUCACCCGAAUGACUCACCCAGCUCCUACAUACAUCCAUCUUCGCGUCGGGGGUCUAAACAGCAUCAUCGUGCGCCCUCUGUCACCAUGCCAAUGGGUCCGCCCCCAGCUCACCUGAGCUGGUGGGAGCAGUUUUUGUGGGGAAGGAGGUGGGACUGGGAUAGCGUGGCAAGAGAGGUGGGCUGGAGAGUAGGAGGUUUGUUACUGGUGACUGUUGCCUGGCUGUUUUGGGGUAUAGAGUGUGGAAGAAUCGUGAGGGGCUGA